AAGUGAAAUGGCAUUUGAACAAGUAAAAAGAUUUGCUUCAUCUGAAGAUGUUGUCAUGAAUAACAAACGGUUACACACGAAAAGCCUUAGAUCACUGAACGCAUCUUUUCAAAUGUCUUUCACUUCCGGUGUGCUCAUGGACACAGACCCUUCACGCCGCAAUUGGCAGGGGCUCCAAAAAAGAAACACUUUAGACCGCAAUGCUUUAGAUCUGGAGGUAGUUCUUAAAAUCUAACAGUUGACAUCAGUACGCAGUAUUUCUUCUCCGCCCCUGAAUACUUCACUUCCGUAACUCUGACACGUUUGCUAGCGCUGCUCGUCUAGUUAGCUCGUAUUAGCCUGGCGUCACUUCCUAUAUUUGAAAUCCGCGGCCACGAACAUAAGUUACCAAACGGUGAUGGAGCUACAAGUGGGAUCAGAACCCAUGACACUGGGUUCCCCCACCUCUCCCAAGCCCACUCCAGGUGCUCAGUUCCUUCCAGGAUUUCUGAUGGGUGACCCGCCUGCACCUGCAAGCCCGCAACCCCGCCCCUUCAGCCUGUCCACACCCAUUUUGGAGAGCGCAAGUGCCCUUAAAGGUGCAGGAAGCUCCGCCCCUCAGCCUGUGGUGCCCACCCCAAAAGACAAGAGUGGAGCCCCGCCUGUUCGCAGCAUCCAGGAUGAGCUGGUCACCCUGGGGACUCCUCUGAGCGCACACAGGCAUGUUGGUAGUGUGGGGACACCUCUGAGCGCACACAGGCAGACUUUUUCCACCAUGCAGUCUCCGGCAUCAGCACGGCAGGGUUCCACUCCAGGUGUGCCGCCGGUGUGCAUGUCGCCAGCUCAGGUGGACCCUUUCUACAGUCAGGGAGAGGCUCUGUCUUCUGAGGACCAGCUGGACCAGACCUGGGUCACUGUUUUUGGUUUUCCUCCAGCCUCCGCCUCCUACAUUCUGUUGCAGUUUGCUCAGUAUGGAAACAUCCUCAAACACACGAUGGCGUCUCCUGGCAACUGGAUGCAUCUUCAGUAUCAGUCCAGACUGCAGGCCAGGAAAGCCCUGUCCAAGGACGGCAAAGUGUUUGGAGACGCAAUCAUGGUGGGAGUCAAACCCUGCAUCGACAAGAGUGUGAUGGACAGCGGCGAGUUCGCCGCCUCUCCUCUCCACACUUCUGCCCUCCCGUCAACUCCCCGCUCUGCCAUCAGGCCACUCAGUGCCACCUACAGGAAUUCAGGAAGCGACUACCAGGUGGUGGUAGACAGACAGACCCCCAGGAAGGAUGACAGCUUUGUUUCCAAGGCAAUGGAGUACAUGUUUGGCUGGUGACAUCACCGUGACGUCACUGAUACCUGCUGCUGAUUGGACGGAUGAAUGCUGUGUGUGUGUGGGAGAGAGAAGGACUCUCUUUUAUAAUCUGCUUUUUAAUGUGUCUUGUUUCAAUAAAGUUUCUACAUGACAAAAUGGGAGUG